CCAACAGAAUAGACUGCUUGAGAGAGGAGCCAACACAUAUAGAGAGAGGCAGAGACUGCUUGAGUGAGUGAUCACGGCACACACAGAGACAGACAGAGGGGUGACCACUAUAGAUUGGGAAGAAAAGUCUAAUUGAGAGAGCGCCCACUACAGAUAAGGAAUAAGAGACUGCUUGAGAAAGUGACCAUUAGAUAGAGGAAGAGACUGCUUGAGAAAGUUACCAUUGCAGACAGAGGAAGAGACUGCUUGAGAAAGACCACUUUGGAGAGACGAAGAGAUUGCUUGAAAGAGUGACCACUACAGAAAGGGAGAAGGAGACCCUGGAGAAAGAGACUUACUCUUCAAUUAGACUGCUUGAGGAUUCAACCAGUAUAAAUACGGCUUGAGAGGGCAACUACAGUAAAUAGUAAAAUAGACUGCGUGAGAGUGUGCAACCAUUAUAGACUAAGAGGAAGAGACUGCUCGAGAGAGCAACCUUUCCAGAAAAAAAGGAGACCGAGAUUAAGUACUGGAUAGGGAGAGAGACAGACUGGUUGAGAAAGCAAUUGCUGCGUAUGAAGUGACUACUCCAUUUAGAGAAAAAGACAGCCUGGUCAGAGUGACCACUACAGAAAUAAAUCAAGAGACAGCUUGAGAGUGCAAUCAUUGCAGAUGAAGACAGGAAAGGCAAGAGUACUUCAUAGAGCAGUCACUGCUGACAGAGAAAGAAACUGCCAUGCACGGGUGACAACUGCAGAAAGAGAGGACGAGACUGUUUGAGAGUCCAACUUUUGCAGAUGAAGACAGAGAAGAAGAGAGUGCUUCAGAGAGCGACCGCUGCCGAAAAGAAGAGACUGAUUCAGGACGCUAGCAAGGCACAGAGAACAUCAGAAAGAGACUGCUUCAGAUACUGACUCAAAGAUACAGCUGAGAAAAUUCACUUACAAAAGUCAUAUAUAAAUUUCAAAGUGGCUCAAUCAAAGAUGAGUGGUGCUCGAGCUCCGUUGAGGAGGAGAGCUAGCACACCUUUGCCAUGUGCACACCAGCACCGCCAGCAUGCCAUUCACCAUGUACCAGCACCACCUCCAUCCAAGCCAGUGCUCAGUGCCCACUGCAGCGGCUCCUCUGAUUCAGGGGGCUCGGAAGAGGUAGCCGAUGCCCUCUUCAGAGUAGUUGUGCUUGGAGACCCAGGAGUUGGCAAGUCCAGCCUGGUUGGAAUCUUCAGGCGAGAACAGGAGAUCCAGGAACAACAAGAGAUGUGUGAGUGUACACUGUCAGUGGACGGGGAAGACACCACUCUGCUAUUGAUGGACUCUUGGGAAUGCGAGGCUCAGAAGCCCACAGGGAGCUCUGACAGCCCUAUGCGAAUAGGCCAUGCGUACAUUAUUGUAUACUCUGUGACAGAUCGGUCCAGCUUCGAAAGCGCCUCCGAACUCCGGAUACAACUGAGGCGAACCCGGCAAGCGGAAAAUAUUCCCAUAAUCCUCGUCGGGAACAAGACAGAUCUGGUGCGCAGCAGAGAGGUGUCUGUGGAAGAGGGUCGAGCUUGCGCCGUGGUGUUCGAUUGCAAGUUCAUUGAGACCUCAGCCGUUCUGCAGCACAAUGUCAGAGAGCUGUUUGAGGGAAUGGUGCGGCAGAUCCGGCUGCGUAGAGAUGGCGCCGACACCGGGGAAAGCUACCGAGUCCGGACUCAGCGCAAGGAAAGCCUGGGAAGGAGGGCGCGCAGGUUCCUAGAUCGGCUCGUAACACGAAACAGCAAAGCAGUCUUGAGGGUCCACUCACGUUCCUGCCAUGACCUCUCUGUGCUCUGAGUGGCCCUCGGCGGAAUAAGUGAACUUUUCCAUUUACACAAAAAAAAAAACUAGAACUGGCAGUUUGGAUCCACGCACGGAUUAACAAAGUUCACACUCGUUAUGUUACAAUCAACAUUUAUUCUAUCAUACCAAGACGUGACUUGUGAAAAACGCUAUGAUUGUCCUCUUUAUUAGUCCCCGAAAAAUAACUCCUAUGUUCACAUGAAACAUUCAUGGGACACCUUUAAAUACUGUGACUUUAGUUACUUUAUUUCAAAUGUCACUUUUUCUGCAUUUGGAAUGAUAAGAUCACUCCUAUGGGCACCCGAUUCAUGUUUUAACUAAGCCCCAAUGACUCCUGUACACAGCAUGCACAAACCAUAUCUUGGAGGUUUCAUCCUCUGUGAUUAAAAGUUUAGGUUUCUGAAUUGCAGAUUGGAUUGAAAGACGCCGUGCCCCCCUCUUGCCUGUUUCCAUUUCUCAUCCCCCUUUCUCCCUCCCCUUGCAGGAUUUUAUGGAAUUCUGCCCAACUCCAUCUAAUCCGGUACUGACCAAACAGUGGAAAAUCUGAGCUCAGUGUUUAUGGAGGGAGGCCGGGAGAGGCUGCAAGGGUAGAUGGUGGAGAGAGAAUAAGUGAUGGGUGGAGAGAUGAGAACUAGUUAGAGGAGCUUUCCUUUUUCAGUGCUUUAAGGACUUACACCUGGCCGUUCAGAUUCUCCCUGUCAUCUGGUCUUGCUUACACGUUGAGAACAAUUUAGCAUUUCUUAAGGGAUGUCUUUGAUGCAACUGGGUCAUAGGACAAGUUGUUUCUGGCGUUUUAGCCAUGUGUUAGCAGAGUGCAAGUUCUUUACAUGAGAUUGUGGCUCUAAAUCUGAUUGUUCGCCUCGUUUUGGUUACCCAAGUUUACCUUUACCAGUUUUUAUAGUCUUUUUUUUCCCCUCUGCGUUAUUGUUAGUUUAACCACCGGCAUAUGCCUCUUCUCUGCACAGAGUAGGUGCCUGUAUUUCUGCGUAGAUCGGAGUCUCGCUGUCUGGCGUUAUAUUUAUGUGAUUUAGUUUCUCAGGGUCCAGGACUCGUAGGUGAGAUCCAGUUAAUAAAUCUCCGUAGAGAAUUCCUAGCUAUCGGACUUCAAUGAAGGCAUCCUUGUAUCAUAGUUCUGUGGAGCAUUCUAAAAAAAACGUCAGAUUCAGAGUUCUGUUAAUGAACUCCAACAAUGAGAGUUGUAUAAAAGAUACCAAGGUAUCCGAGAUUUGAAAGGAGGCCCCACACACUAGAGAAGGUCCAGGCAGCCGAUUUCAGUAGAAGAGGUUUAGGCAUCAUCAGAGUUCUGUAAAACUGGUACAGAUAUUAAAGGGACAAUCCGGAUCCCCAAACCACUUUGGCUCGCUGAAAUGCUUUAUGUUUGAAGAGUGUGUUUUCUUUUUUUCAAGAGCUGCAUAGGGAAGUCUGUGAUUGGACAGCCACAGAAAGUCUGGGCGGGGUUCGAAGGGGCGGGCUUACAAAGGCUGCAGACAAGAGAUCUACAGUAUUUGCAAGCGUUUUUUAAAUAAUCCUAAUGAAAAAAAAAUUAUAAUUAAAUCCAUGCAUGCUUUCCUGGGGGUAUGUCUACUAAACAGUGAUUUAAAAAAAAUUAAAAAUAGGGGGAUGGGUUGAGCAGUGGAGUGUCCCUUAAGAGAUCGGUAUGGAAGAUCCAGCUUUUAACAUUCAAUAGAAACGGUCGGCUGUCAGACUUCAGUACAGACGUUCUUGUAUUGUAGUUCUCUAGAGCAGUACAGGUGUCAGAAUUGUGUAGAGAAAAUAUGGCUUUUUUUUCAUUUUUUUUGCCUGAAUUGCAAUCAAUCCAAAUUUAGACUUAUCUUCGGGUUAUCUGAAUUCUGUAACUCCAAAACAGACAGUAGACAAGCAUGUUCGUUUGCUUUGUGAUUCAGAGUUCCGUCAGUGGUCCAAAGAAAGAGUUGAUUGAUGUGAACUAAAAAAGCCACAAAAUGUUAAUUCCAUUCACAGAUCAAAUGAGAAGUAAACCAAUAGAGUGGGG